UAUUUGCAGUAAGUGCGAAGUUUGGAGGAUCUGAGUGAGACGAAGCAUGGCCGAUGAGAGCUGCUGAACGUUUGUGUCUCAGAUAUGACCACAGUGUCCAUGGAGCCUGUGGGCGGCCUCGGGGAAAGGGGCGCCAACGCCACCGACCCUCCUCUGAACAUCCAUGAACACUCGGCCGCCACCUUCACCAUCGGCACCAUCCUCUCCAUCAUGUGCUUCGUUGGAGUCUCCGGAAACAUCUACACCCUGGUGGUGAUGUGCCACUCCAUGAGGACCGCAGCCUCCAUGUACAUCUACAUCAUCAACCUAGCUCUGGCGGAUCUACUUUAUCUCCUCACCAUUCCCUUCGUGGUGUGCACAUACUACCUGGAAGGCUGGUACUUUGGGGAUGCCGGGUGUCGGAUUCUCAUCAGCAUGGACUUCCUGACCAUGCAUGCUAGCAUCUUCACGCUAACCAUCAUGAGCACGGAGCGAUACUUCGCCGUUCUCAAGCCCUUGGACACGGUAAAAAGAUCUAAAAGUUACCGGAAAGCCAUCGCCUUGCUGGUUUGGUUAGCGUCUCUUAUCUUGACCCUGCCGAUGAUCGUGUGCAUCCAGAUGAGCAAGGGCAACAAGGCGAUGUGUGAGCCAACGUUAUCUCCGCUAUCCUACCAGGUUUACAUCUCCUUCCUGUUUUGCACUAGCAUCGUGGCUCCAGGGCUGAUUAUUGGCUAUCUUUACAUCCAGCUGGCACGCACGUAUUGGGUUUCCCAGACGGAGACGUUCAAACAGACCAAUAAGCUUCCCAAUCAGAAGGUUCUCUACCUGAUCUUCACAAUCGUGCUCCUCUUCUGGGCCUGUUUCCUUCCCUUCUGGAUCUGGCAGCUCCUGGGUCAGUUCCGCCCGUCCCUAUCCCUCUCCAAUAAAGCCAAGCGCAACAUCAACUACCUGACCACGUGUCUGACGUACUCCAACAGCUGCAUCAACCCCUUCCUGUACACGCUGCUCACCAAGAACUACAAGGAGUAUCUGAGGAAGCACAAGCGCUCGUGGUCCGCCAGCAGCUACUUCAGCCGCAAGAGUCGAUUCCAGCGCUCGCCGCGCAGGUCGCCGUCUUCCAGCAGCCAACAGUGCACCGAGAGCUUCAUGCUCACACACACUGCCUCGCUGAGGAUACACAACAGCAGCUUGUAAAGAUGUGACAGAUCUGUACCGGCUGAGGAAGAGGAAGAGGAAGGAAGGAAGAAAGGAAGGAAGGAAGGAAGGAAGGGAACCAAUAGGAGACGACGACAACAGAAGAAGAUCCUGGACUUCUAAUCGCCACAAGAGAUCAUGAAGACCUCCAGACGUUGUUUUUAUUUGCAAUUGGACCAGCAAUGAACUGAUUUAAAAGCUGGUUGCUGCUGUUUGAGACUACGUACGAAGUAGACACCUUCAGUUUUCAUUUGUGACGCCCUAGAACUUCCUGUGGUACAACGAGAAAGAUCAGCGUUUUACAUACUCAAACUGAGACUGUUUAACUUUCUGUUUUGUUGACCCCUCUUGUGCUGGCCUUCAUGAGAAAGUGUUCUAGAUGAGAGCAGCGCUACGUCACUGCCUAUAGUUUUAUCACGCCUACAGUACAAGCUGCUUUGUCACGUAUCGCACGUCAAACAACAAAAGAACAUCUUCUUUACUUAAAAUAAGAUGGUAAAAGAAAAUAUCUGUAUCUUCAGGCGUCCACAAAUGACGGAGAUCAUAAUCCAUACAUGUAAGUCAAUGGGAAACACUUCAUCACAGCUAGGUUAUGAUGCUCAUGAGUUUAACGUCAAUCGUACAGGGAA